AAGUACAGUUUAAUUUUAUGAAUUACCAGAGAAGACUAACUGUAAGACACAUGUCUAUUGCAUAUGUUAUUUAAUAAAUGCUUAGCGGAACAUCAUAAGUAAAUGUUAUGACAUUAUAGAUGGAAAAUGAUGUAGUGGGUAAAGUUACAGAUAAUAAAUCAUGAAUAACUUGUGCCGAACUUGUAUGAACGAUACCACCACCCUGGUGGAUAUCUUCGCCGAUGUCCGUGAUCCAGCACUCGACAAACCCGUAAUGAGUCUGUCACACACACUGACCCAGUGCACCAAUCGUCCAGUGGAACGCGGAGAUCUAUUGCCGCAGUACAUGUGUCUGCCCUGCGUCGUUGCCGCCCAGAAUGCCUUUCGAUUUAAGUGGAGAAGCGAACGUAGCUACCAGCACUUCUGCAGGCUGCUGAACAAGUCGGUUUCUUUGGAUAGCGAUUGUCAACAGGAUCCGAAUAAGGAAGCGCAGAUCCAAAGCGAUUUGGAUCAGCUUCAAGAUCCUGAUAAUAUACAGAUACCGCAAACCAAGAUCCAAAAGAAUAGAACUUGUUCCAAACCAUAUCUUGGCAGGCGGACUAGUUCCAAAAGAAAGCAGCCGGAAGAGAUCUCGAAGAAAUCUCCAGACCACGAAAUAAAACAAGAAUAUACAAAUAAAAAGACGAGCGAUGAUGGAAAAGCAAUGGAGACUGUUUAUUUGGGGAGUACGACUGAAAAGCACCGACAGGUGCAUUGCGAUGCCAAUACUUACUACAAGUGCCCGCACUGUGCUAAUAGGUUUUAUUCACAGAUUCCGCUGAGGAGCCACUUCAUUGAGCUGUGCCCCAGGUGCCCCUAUUGCUCACGCGCCUAUAAACAUAAAUACACACUAAAGCGACAUCUACUAAAUCAUGUUAGCAACCCAACGCAUAGUCACUGCCCGAAGACUUUUAUACGAAAGGAUUACCGCAGAAAUCACCUUCGGACCCACGACAGGGACGGUCCGCUAUCCUGCAACCAAUGCUCUGCCGAGUUCAUUGAAGGCCUUCAGCUCAUUAUCCAUCAGAGGGAGCACAUAUUGAAGGGAGAAUCUUUUCAAUCUGAAUCUGCAAAAGAAAUAGACUCGGAAGAUAGUGACCGGGAAGAAGAUAUGAAACUAGAAUGUAUAAAGACUAGGUUUAGAGACGCGUCUAAGAGUCCAGACUUGCUUAAGACCAAAAAGAAUCCUCCAAAACAUAUUAAAUGUCUUCAAAGAAGCAACCGCGAGAAAACUGAAGUCGAAAUAAACGAUGAUACGACAUUAAAGUGGAAUCAUAAUGCUAAUAUAGAUCCGAAAAUUAACUCAUUCGGAGUGGACAAGAAAACUUAUUGUCAUAUUUGCCUAAAGAACUUUUCUGCCAACUCCAGCCUUAAUCGACACAUGCAUAUCCAUAAACGUGAUACACCUGGAAUAUUUCGCUCAGAAAACAAUCUAUUCCGUUGCGAAUUAUGCUCGUUGGUAUUUUUGGAUAUGACUUAUUUGCAAAGGCAUAAAAAACGAAUUCACAGUAACAACUUGAUAUCAAUCCCAGAAAAAAUCUUGUCUAAACGGAUUGCCAGUCGAUUCGUUCUUGGAAAACAACAAAAGAUUAAAGCUGGUAGGUCAGAUGCCCUUUAAACACUUUUUGAAACACUAAUUUCUUGAAUUCGACAAUUAUUUGUUAACUGGAAACUUACAAUUUUAGUUUUUAAUGAUCUCUGAUUUGUAAUCCUCGAAUAAGUAUUUUCGUUAUGAACGAAAUUGUUUCUGUUAUCUGACUUUAUUUUUUUAAAAGUUACUAUUCUAAAUGAAUGUGAUAAAUUUAUUUUUAUUUAAAAAGUUUGAUUAACGUUCAAGUUAUUGUUAAAGAAGAUCUAGUAUUCCAUUAUAUAACUUUUCCCUUAUAAGUCAUAAGAAAGUGGCUAAUUUUUUAUUUAGGUGGAGAGAAAAGAACUUCGUUAAAUAAUGUACCACCAGUCUCCAAUAUUCUCUAAUUUUCAAAACCAAACAUGUAGAAAU